AUGCCACCAAAAGGAUGGAGAAAAUAUGGCGACAGCACCCAGUUCCCGAAAGACGCUGAACUUGUGUCGAUCGAUGAAAUCUUGUUUCCCAGAUCGACGGUCCAAAAACUAGCCAAGGGUAUCCUCAAUGCCGCCGACGAGACCUCCGAAAAUGGACUGGGCGAUAACAUGGGGCUCACCAAGGACUCUUUGGUUGCCGUGCAACGCUCUGCGACGGUAUUCGUGUCGCACAUAUUGUUUUACGCCCGGCAAACUGCCCGUGAUUUUGGCCGCAAAAACGUCAAUUCACAGGACAUUUUAACCGCGUUGGAGCGGGCGGACUUGGCCGGCUUUGCGCCGGAAAUCAAGCACAAGUUAAGCACAUUUGAGUCAGAUGUCGAGGCAAAGAAGAAACUGAAGGCAGAGGCAAAAGAGGCCGCUCCCGUUGAGGGCCCGGUCCCAAAGAAAAUGAGAGACAACGCGUCAAACAGAGUGCUGAAGACAGGUGCCGAGGAGGAGGAAACCGAAGAUGACGACGAUGAUAUUGAGGAUGCUGAAGAGGAUAUGGAAAGAAGCGAAAUCAGAAACGAAGAUGCCACUAUUCUGCCUGCAAAUGAUGAGCCUGAAGAUGAAGAAGAG